GUCAUGUGGACUGGGCAGUCAUUGCGUGGUGCCUAUCCCAACGACCUCCACAUCCGCUAAUCAAACCCUAGGGAUCCCCACACUUCCUCCUCACCCUUUGCAAGCCUGUUUACCCACGGAAGCUGAGAGAGAUUUGACAAGUUUCAGUGUGGUUCUAUGGGACUAAGUGCUCUGAGUUACGAUUCACAUUAUGUUUACUUGUCGACUGCAUAGCCCGUUCAUUGGACGGCGACCCACUUUUACGCCAUUCCAAAGACCGGGCUAUCCACGGUCGCCAAGCUCUUCCUAAGGUUUCCAUAGGGAGUCCACUUGAAAGCAUGACUGACGCAGCCGUCCCCUGCUUAGCCUUUCUUGCUGUCGUGCCAAGAUCGUCCACCGCUCGUUGUUGCUUGCGACUGCAGGUCGCCUAGGUUGCGGGGGCUAGGUUGUGCCUUUCAAUAGAGUCCAAGUCUUCGGUAUGGGUAGCAUUGCAUCCUCACGGCCACCACGGGAUAGGAGGCCCUCAGCCUGGACGGAUGGGAGUGUCUACCAGGCUUCAAGCCGUAACAGCCCAAAGCCAACCAAGGCGGUAUACCUGAAGGGUGUGAAUAAACUACUCGCUCUUCUUCCCAAGUACCGAGAUUAUCAGCCAUCUCCAGCUUUGCACCUGCAUAGUGGCGUCGCCAAAGCGCCAGCAAAACCCUCAUAGCCGGUUGGUUUCCCGUACGGACUCACCCUCGCCACGCCCGCGCUACGCGUCAAGAAGUUGGCAGAGUUCGGCGCGGUUCCACAGGCUAGCACGGGUGCGUGGAAGAGCGGGUCUGGUGCAUGCAAGAGUGUUGAGAGCUUCUCGGACAAUGACCCCCCGGAGUCCCCAAUCGGUCAAGGGGAGGCCGCGAUGUCUGGAAGUGCGGGAGACACCCUCGGCCGGGGUUUUCCAGCAGACCUUGAUGACUUCCAGCAUCAAGCUGUGUGGCUCAACGCCAAAGCCGCAGCCGAUGCAGUUGAAGAGGUGCUCCCCAAGGAUAACCAGCGCCAGCCCAUGAAGCACGGUGGGGGGCGAGGGUCAGCAGCAGGGGCGGCAAAGGGUGUUGCAGCUGGUAGGACAGAUGGGGCGAGGUGGAGAAGCGACGGUCGUCCGCCAGUGGUUAUUGCGCGACUUCUUGGGAAUGAUGCCGCCGAUGACAAGGUCAACAUUUACGACGUGCAGAUGGAGGUGGAUGCCGACGAGACCCCAUACGUCGGUGACGACGACUUCACCGAGAAGCGGCUCGAAGACUUUUUUCGCCGACGACCCAGAGGGCGACACUCCAGGCCCCACGCAGCGCGAAGGCGUCGCGGACGCCACAGCACGGGCGGCUGCAGCGUUAGCGUCGCCACCAUGCAGUGGCCUUGCUGGAAGGUCGCCAAGCACUGGUGGUGGUGUCUCAACACCCGCGAAAGCGGAGCAGGAGAGGAAACGCUUUUGAGGAACCUGCUGGUGGGCGCCAUCUACUCCGUGCGCUACAGUUCGGUGGGCUCGGAAAGCUCGUGAACACUUCACAUGACAGGGCGGAGCAGCAGGGUUCAACAUUGGGCGCCGCAAGCCACCCGGCUUGCUGUGGGUCAUUGGCUCCCACGGGGGCAAAGACCUGCGCUGCCAUGCCCACCAGCGAGGCGCCGUCUCUGCAAGCACAGAGGGAUGAGGCGAAGCAGGCCGUCAGUGAGCUGCGCCAUAUGGCUGAGUCACACGGCAACGCUUUUGCCUGCGGAGUGACCCUGGGGGAGCUUUUCGCGCAACUCGAAUGGUAUGAAAGGAGUGUCAUGGCUGCUGGCAACACGAGCGGCACUGGCGGACAUGACCAUGUGCGUGGUCACGCGGUGGCCAACACAGGCCCAGCGGGUGGUUGGGCAUUCGAGGGCAUAGCACCGGACGUCUCCGCCGAUUCUGCCCGGCAUGGCGCCAUCGCUCGCCCGACGCCCGUCAGGCUCGCCGCGAAACCCCUGCUCCCAUCCACACCAGUUCAUGCAGCUCCUGUCGGGUGUGGGGCUGCUCACGAUGGGCUGGAUGCCGAGAAGCCAUGAGAUGCAAGCGACGAGCACGACAGCUCCGAUGAUGACGACGCAACAGCCGACGUGCUCGCACAAGUUUCUGCACGGCACGUUGCCAAAAGUUUCCGGGGAAAGGCGGCUCAGGCAACGGCUGGCGCGUUGGGAGAGAAGCCGGUCAAGGUGGUUGUGGCGCUUCCGACUGGCCCCGAUGGCCGGUUUCGGGGAAUUCCAGACGCCACCGAAAUGGGGGUAAGUUCGCGUGACGGCCUUUCAUACUCACCCAUACGUGUCAAUGUACUUGGCCCCGUUGCCAUCUGUUUGCUACUCCCGGCCUCAUCCUGGUGGAUGUGUUCGUGGUGUAACCGUAACACCUAGUGUCCCAUUCAUUCCGUCCUUGCCUCCACGCAGUACUGGCCGUUUCCUGGGGCCUGCUCCCUCUAUCCCUCACUCCCUCCCCGUAUAACUGGGUUGUAUUGCCAUCUCUCUGUUCUGCUGCCACCAGUGCCAUAGCCAGCUGCGUCCCAGGCCAGCAGCCUCCCGCCCUCCCUCUCACGUUUUUGGGUGUUGCCAUCUAUCUGUGGUGCUACCCUUGGUCCCCACGCCAGGUGGCCGUAAACCGGUACGGGCUGUGCUUUAUUGUUACCCCAUGGCCUUUCCGUUUUUCCCUUUUCCCCCCAUCCUCGCAGCUCUGCCCAUUUCCGCAGGCCUGCUCCCCCCAUCCACCCUUGCUCGGCCAUAUAACUGCGUCGUUAAGCCAUCUCACAGGUAUGCUGCCCCCACGUUGGCGUUGCAAGGUGUCGCAGGCCUGGUGACUGGGGGAGGUGUUGUCAUUUCACCCGCCAUGCCUGUUCAUCCCUCCUUCCACCCCUGCAGUGUGGCGUGUCUCGACAGCCCAGCAACCUCCCUCCCGUCCUCUCGUGCUAGGGUGCGUUCCCAUCUCUCUGUGUUGCUGCCCAACGUCCCCUCGCCAGGUGGCCCUAUACCGGAGCCGGACGACCAGACCUGUUAAACUAUGGUCUGCCCGUUUUUCCCUUUUCCCUCUUCCUCGCAUUUCUGCCCCUUUCUGAAGGGCUGCUCCCUCCCUCCCUCCCUCCCUCCCUCCUCACCCGUAUAGCUGUGCCGUCAAGCCAUCUCACAGGUAUACUGCCCCCACGUUGGCGUUGCAAGGUGUCGCACGCCUGGUGACUUGGGGAGGUGUUGUCAUUUCACCUGCCAUGCCUGUUCAUGCCUCCUUCCACCCCUGCAGUGUGGCAUGUCUCGACAGCCCAACACCCUCCCUCCCUCCCUCUCGCGCUAGGGUGCGUUCCCAUCUCUCUGUUUUGCUGCCCAACGUCCCCUCGCCAGGUGGCCCUAUACCGGAGCCGGAUGACCAGACGUGCUAAACCAUGGCCUUUCCGUUUUGCCCGUUUCCCCCUUCCUCGAAUUUCUGCCCCUUUCUGAAAG